AUGGCGCUCGGUGCGGACCGGGUGGCGCUCAUCGGGCAGGUGUUCGAGUCCUACGUUUUGGAGCACCACAAGGACGACAUCCUGCACAUCCUGAAGGAAGGCGACGACGAGGCGCAUUACCCGGUCGUCGUCGACGCCUUGACCCUGUUUGAGACCAACAUGGAGGUCGGGGAGUAUUUCAACGCCUUUCCCGGCGAGGUGCUCCCCGUCUUCGACGGGGCGCUGCGCCGGGCCGCCGUGACGGCCCUGCAGGCCGCUCCGGAGGCGCCUCGGCUCAGCGUGAAGCCGAACCUGCACGCCAGGAUUUCGGGUUUGCCUGUUUGCCCAGAGCUGACCCGAGAGCACAUUCCUAAAACCAGAGAUGUGGGUCACUUUUUAUCUGUUACUGGAACUGUCAUACGCACCAGUUUGGUGAAAGUCUUGGAGUUUGAACGGAGUUAUAUCUGCAAUAAGUGCAAGCACGUGUUUGUGGUUAAGGCUGACUUUGAACAGUACUAUGCUUUCUGUCGUCCAACAGCCUGUCUUAAUGAAGAGGGCUGCAACUCAACUAAGUUCACUUGCCUCUCAGGAACGUCUUCUUCUCCUACCAGCUGCAGAGACUAUCAAGAAAUCAAAAUUCAGGAACAGGUUCAAAGGCUGUCUGUUGGAAGCAUCCCUCGCUGCAUGGUGGUUGUUCUGGAAGAUGACUUAGUGGAUAGUUGCAAGUCUGGAGAUGACAUCACAGUGUAUGGAGUAGUAAUGCAGAGAUGGAAACCUUUCCACGAGGAUGCACGCUGUGACUUGGAGCUUGUUUUGAAAGCCAACUAUGUUAAAGUAAACAAUGAGCAGCUAGCAGGGGUUAUGAUCGAUGAAGAAGUCCGCAAGGAAUUUGAAGAUUUCUGGGAAAAGCAUAGGGAUGAUCCCUUAGCAGGGAGGAAUGAAAUUUUGGCUAGCUUGUGUCCUCAAGUUUUUGGAUUGUACCUGGUGAAGUUAGCUGUAGCCUUGGUGCUUGCUGGUGGCGUACAGAGGACUGAUGCUACUGGAACUCGAAUCAGAGGUGAAUCACAUCUUUUGUUGGUUGGAGACCCGGGUACGGGGAAAUCUCAGUUUCUCAAGUAUGCAGUAAAGAUUACACCACGGUCUGUGCUUACUGCAGGAAUUGGAUCUACAAGUGCAGGUUUGACAGUGACUGCUGUGAAGGACUUCGGGGAGUGGAACUUGGAGGCUGGAGCCCUGGUGCUUGCAGAUGGAGGCCUUUGCUGUAUUGAUGAGUUUAAUAGUAUCAAAGAGCAUGACAGAACCAGUAUCCAUGAAGCAAUGGAGCAACAGACCAUCAGUGUAGCUAAGGCAGGCUUGGUGUGCAAGCUUAAUACAAGAACAACAAUAUUGGCAGCAACAAAUCCAAAAGGUCAUUAUGAUCCUAAUGAAUCCGUCUCCGUCAACAUAGCUCUUGGCAGUCCUCUACUGAGCAGAUUUGACCUGGUCUUAGUACUAUUAGAUACAAAAAAUGAAGAAUGGGACCGCAUAAUUUCUUCUUUCAUCUUGGAAAAUAAAGGUUUUCCAAGCAAAUCAGAAAAGCUCUGGAGCAUGGAAAAGAUGAAAACCUACUUCUGCCUUAUAAAGAGUAUACAGCCAAAACUGUCUGAUGAGAGCAACCUGAUCCUUAUACGCUAUUACCAAAUGCAGCGUCAGAGUGACUGCAGAAAUGCUGCCCGAACUACCAUUCGCUUAUUAGAGAGUUUGAUACGCCUUGCAGAAGCUCAUGCCCGGUUGAUGUUUAGAGAUACCGUGACUUUGGAAGAUGCUAUAACUGUGGUAUCUGUGAUGGAAUCUUCUAUGCAGGGAGGUGCACUUCUUGGAGGCAUCAAUGCUUUGCACACCUCAUUUCCAGAAAACCCAAUGGCUCAGUACCGAACACAGUGUGAACUCAUACUGGAGCGACUGGAGCUGCAGAAUCUGCUGCACAAAGAGCUACAAAGACUUGACAGAUUACAGAAGGAAGACUUACAUCAGCUACAGCCUGAAGAGACAAGUUUCAAUACUAUGACAAGAUCCUUGAACAAGGAUGCAUUUGGGCAGCCAAAGCAAAUGUCUCAGUCAGGACCUUCAAAUCAGCAAGAGAAUAACUUGCAGCCACAGUCUUCCUUGGCCAAAGGCAAUUGUGAAGGGGAUACGCAUCUAGAACCCUUAUGCAACCCAGCAUCUGGUAAUAACAGAAGUACAAAAUGCUCGAUUGAACAUAGUAGGAGAGGUGAUGAUUGUAGCUUGGCAUGGUUUGACAGCUUGGAAGAGAACAACACCAGUGCUGAAGAAUCUUUUCAGAAAAAGUCUCCGGUGCCCAAGAUAGCUCGAGAUGACUUGGCUUCAAAAACUCUUAAAAGAUCCUGCUCUGGAGAAAGAAAUGCUUCAAUACCAAGCAAUGGAGAUGGAAAGAGAGAAUCACUAAGAACUGUGAAUCUUCAUGCUUCUUUGGAACAGGGCAAAGUUUCUAAGAUAAACAGGAAAAGGACUGAAGAAUAUGAAUAUUGUUCUUCAGAAGCAAGUGUUCAAGACCCAGCAUCUCCCAGGGCUAGUGUGCAGGACUCUGUUAUUACACAGCGGGUUUCUAGGAGCUGGCGGAGACUGCACACAGAGAGAUCACGUGGCUUCUUUACCAGCACACAGGACCAUGAAGCAAAGGUGUUUCCUUCAGUAUUAUCUGCAUCUGGCCUGCUAGAUCUUUCAGGUGAUGUGGAUGCUAUGUUAGGAGAGGAAAAGAAUAGUAAACCUGUAACAGCAGAAAAGGCAGUAAUUUCCCUGAGAAAACAAAAUAAAGGUCAGGUAGUGAAAGAAGCAAAGGUAGUAAGUUCCUGUGAGCCAGAAAUCAUUGACAAGGAAGGACCUCCAGCAGCUAAACUGGCUAAAUUUUCUUUCAGACCAAGGACAAAACUUGAUCAUUCCUGUGAGAAGGAGUUCUCUCUUUUACAGAGUGAAACUAAUAAGCCUAGAGAGCAGCUCCAAGGAGAGCAUCUGCUGAAAGAAUAUUGCCCACCUGAGAAAUGCAAAGCAAAGUCGACUUGCUUAGGAAAAAAUGAUUCGGAAGAGGGAUCUACUGAUAAUACUGUGAAAGGAGGGCAGCAGUGUGAGGCCUUAGGAAAAGAGAUCAGAAGAAGUGCAAUAAUACACUCAGAUGUCGGUUUUGAUGCUGCUGCGUCACUUCCAUCCACUGAAAAGAAAAGGGAGGGAGAGGAGCUGGUUGGUGGCUCAAGCACAGAGAAGGUGUGCCCCAACACAUUAGCAAAACUGUCUAGGUUCUGCUUUGCAUCACAUCCUGAGUCAAAAUCAAAAAAUCCACCUGCAGUUAAGAUUGACAAUAACAACAAGGGAAGCAGUAGCCUGGUGCUGAAAGUGCACAUGAGCAAUCCAAGCAAAAGGAAAAGUUUUGCACUGGGAGAUGCCAGUAAUGACAGUGUGGUCACACGGAAAUCUCUUUUCUCAAUAGCAGAACUAGAUGAUGCUGCAUUAGAUUUUGAUUGGAAUGAAGAGAUUAGGAAAAAUCCAAGAUCAUAA